CAGAUGUACAAGCUGGACAUAGGCUGGCCUAAAAUUCCAGAAUACUUCACUGGCCAAACAUUUUGUGUUGCUGUUGACUCUCUUCAUGGUUUGGUCUAUGUGGGGCAAAGAGGAGAUAAUGUACCGAAGGUACUUGUAUUUUCAGAGGAAGGCUAUUUUCUUCACUCCUGGAAUGAUACAGUUGAAAUGCCUCAUGGUAUCUUUGUACUGAACACUGCAACAGAUAGUUCAGUAUGGAUCACAGAUGUUGGAACAGGGAAGUAUGGGCACACUGUGAAACAGUAUAGCCCUUUCGGUAAACUUAUGCAGGUCUUGGGCACACCAGGUAAUGCUGGUUCAAGUUUGAUUCCCCUACAGUUUGAUCAACCAGCAGACAUCUUUGUAGAGGAAAGUGGAGAUAUCUACGUUGUGGAUGGAGAUGGAGGAAUGAAUAACAGAUUGCUCAAACUAACCAAUGAUUACCAAGAGAUGUGGCUGGCUGGAACAAAUGGGACCGGCAUUGGUCAGUUCAAGAUUCCUCACAGUGUAACGUUGGAUUCUGUUGGACGGGUAUGGGUGGCAGACAGAGACAAUAAAAGAAUCCAAGUUUUUGAUAAAGUCACAGGGGAGUGGCUUGGGUCUUGGAGCAGCUGUUUUUCAGAAGAUGGACCCUAUUCUGUCAGAUUUACUGCCAAUUACAAAUACCUGAUUGUAGCUCAGCUGAAUAUCAACCGGUUAGCAGUCUUGGCGGCACCACCGGUUGGCACUAUUGGGGACUGUGUUAUGGUCAACACAGUCCAGCUGGCAGAUGAAACCAAACCACACCUAGUGGAUGUAGACAUGAAGACUGGAGCAGUCUACGUUGCAGAGAUUGGAGCCCAGCAAGUACAAAAAUACAUACCCUUAAGCUGA